AUGAUGAAUGAAAAUAAUCGACUGAUUUUCGAAGACGAGACAGCCACAUCGAGCGAGUCGCGAUGGCACGCGGUUUUCCACCGUAAGACACGGGAACCUCCGAGCCCUUCGAGGUACCUUGGAGAAUGCAACCCCGCCAUGAGUUUUGAUAGACUUUCACAAUACCAGGGAGAUAAUCGCCAAAGAGAUUUAGUCAAGACUCAAAUUUGGUCGGACCAGAAUUCAUUGGAUACGAACCUAACCACUGAUAUGAGGCACAGCAGUGAUAAUUUGCGUCAAUCGGUGGCCGAUGGUGCGAUUAAAGCAGCACACAGUUCUGACACGAAUUAUGGGUUAGACGAUAUCAUAGAAAGCCCUUUGAGAGUGGCUCAAUUAAAGGCACAAAGCAAUGUACCGAAGUGGAAAGAAACAUAUCGAAAAGUACUGAAUACUGUCUCAUCCAGAGGGGCAUCAGCAGUUGGGGUCAAUUUAAAAGACGCUUUUGGGCCUAGAUUGAGCAAUGAUACUGUAUCGACGACGGCGGAAUUGACAAGUUUAGAUGGGAAAGAAGAUUUUUAUUCACCAAAAUAUCCACCGCCCUGUACCACAAGAGAGGGUUUAGAUCCAGAAAGUCUAAUGUUUAGAGAUGGAAGACGACAAAUUGACAUGGUUUUGGCUUAUGAAGAAGAGGACCAUGGCGUCAUGACAGAACAUGAAGCAAAACGACGAGAUCAAAGGAAAUGUUUUCAGGAAAAUUUGAUGAAGGAAGGACUCGAACUAGAAUUAGAAGAUAAAUCGCUCGCUUUUGAUGAGAAAACAUGGUUUUUGAAAAUCCAUAUUCCCUGGAAAACUGAGACCAGGUACGCGGAAGUCAUGGGAUUAAAGUUACCAACAAAGAGGUUCAUCACAAUAUCUGUUAAGGCAUGGGAUAAAGAAAAAGCUGCAGAAAAGAGUAAAAGCUUAUACCAUCGUUUAAAAAAAUACUGCCAAAGCAUAUUCGAAUAUGAUCAAGAUUUAAUUGAGGAAGAACCGAGGUUUUAUGGAUCAACAUCAUCAGGAGAAAGAGGAGAACAAUUUUUAGUGAAAGAUAGAGCAACAAAUUAUACAAAUGCUCAAAGAAGCUUAAUUGUUAUGCAGAUAUUAUUACGAGUUAAAUUCGACGAAACAGAAAAGGCUGGUAUCCGAAGACUAUUGAAUGAUGGCACUUAUUUAGGAUGUUUUCCAUUGCAUGAAGGGCCAUAUGACAAAACAAUGAGAAGCGGAAAACUGACUGAUAGAAGGCUGCUGUAUCUGGAAUGGGCACGACCAUCAAAAUGGUACAAAAGACAGCCUUUACACCUAGUACGAAAAUAUUUCGGAGAUAAAAUAGGAUUAUAUUUUUGCUGGUUAGGAUUUUAUACGAAUAUGUUAUAUGCUCCAGCUAUCGUAGGCACUUUAUGUUUUUUAUACGGCUUAGCAUCAAUGAAUUCUGCUGAUAAUAUUCCUAGUCGAGAAAUUUGUGACCAAAAUGGAGUUGGAAACAUAACUCUUUGUCCGUUAUGUGAUAAAGCUUGCCAAUAUCAAAAGUUGUAUGAUUCUUGCCUUUUUGCACAACUGACAUAUCUCUUCGACAAUCCAGCAACAGUUUUCUUUGCCAUAUUUAUGUCGUUUUGGGCAACUACGUUUUUGGAGUUGUGGAAAAGAAAACAAAGUGUUCUCGUAUGGGAAUGGGAUUUGCAGAAUGUUGAACAAGAUGAAGAACCUAGACCAGAAUUUGAAACUUCUGCUAAAACCUUUCGAACCAAUCCAGUAACGAGAGAAAAAGAAGCUUAUUUACCAACUUGGGUAAAGUUUGGACGCUUUAUGAUCACUGGAAGCGCAGUAUUAUUCAUGAUUUGCGUCGUCCUAGGAGCAGUUCUGGGAACCAUAAUUUACAGGAUAUCUCUAGUGUCAGUAAUCUAUGGAGGUGGAGGAUUUGUUAAAAAGCAUGCCAAAAUUUUCACAUCAAUGACUGCUGCCCUUCUUAACUUGACGAUGAUUAUGAUUUUAACGAAAAUAUAUCACAAAUUAGCUAUAUGGUUGACAAACAUGGAAAAUCCAAGGACACAAACUGAAUACGAAGAUUCUUACACGUUCAAAAUUUAUUUAUUUGAAUUUAUGAACUUCUAUUCAUCGUUGAUAUACAUAGCUUUUUUCAAGGGCAGAUUUUUCGAUUAUCCAGGUGAUGAUCAAGCAAGAAAAUCGGAAUUUUUCCGGUUAAAAGGUGAUGUCUGUGAUCCAGCGGGAUGCCUAAGUGAACUUUGUAUUCAAUUAGCAAUUAUUAUGAUUGGCAAACAGUGUUUCAACAAUUUCUUAGAAAUUCUUUAUCCUAAAUUCUGGAAUUGGUGGCGGCAACGAAAACAUAGAGCAAAUACAAAAGAUUUAAGUAGAGAACAUAUGUCUUGGGAACAGGAUUAUCAUAUGCAGGACCCUGGUCGUCUUGCAUUAUUUGAUGAAUACCUUGAAAUGAUUUUGCAGUAUGGCUUUGUGACAUUAUUUGUGGCUGCGUUUCCUCUGGCACCACUUUUUGCAUUACUCAAUAAUAUAGCUGAAAUUCGUUUGGAUGCAUAUAAAAUGGUGACUCAAGCAAGAAGACCUUUAGCUGAACGCGUGGAAGAUAUUGGGGCUUGGUUUGGAAUCCUCAAAGGAAUUACGAUGGCUUCAGUGGUGACAAAUGCAUUUGUAAUAGCAUAUACAAGUGACUGGAUCCCAAGAAUGGUUUAUAAAUUUGUGUACUCAAAAAACCAUGAUCUGGUUGGAUAUAUAGACCAUUCACUUUCAGUAUUUAAUACUUCGGAUUACCGAGAUGAUUGGGGCAGUGAUGCCGAAGACCCCGAUCCUCCGACUUGCCAAUAUCGGGGCUACAGAAACGGCCCGGAAGACCCCUACGACGCCUACGGAUUGAGCCCUCAUUACUGGCACGUUUUUGCGGCUCGAUUAGCAUUUGUUGUUGUUUUUGAACAUGUUGUCUUCAUUUUAACAAACAUGAUGUCUUUCCUGAUACCGGAUAUUCCUGGUGAAGUGAAAACCCAAAUUCAGCGUGAAAAGCUUUUGGCGAAAGAAGCCAAAUUCGAACAUGGAUUAACUCGAGCAGCAGCACGUGAUGGUGAAUACGAAGAUUUGAUUGCUGCUAUUCGAGACAACAAUAAUGCUUCACGAAUGGGAGGAUUGCGAAGAGGUUCAUGGGCAAGGCGCUUGAGUCGGGCAUCUGAUGGAUUGGACGCACAUGUUGAAGUUUCAACGCGGGCACGAAGAACACAAGGUUAG